GGAUUUGUAUUGAUUCGUAUCCAUCUCAGCGCUUCUGACAAGUCGAUCAAUUCGUCGCGAGUGUCGACGGAGACGGCCAUGAGCGGAGGUAGUCGACGGACGGCCCGCAAUCGGGGGCGGCCGCCGACUAUAGAUGCCAGUGACGGAAAAUCCCACCGCGACUCCCGCCCUGUGGAUGCGGUGAGAAAGGUUCGGAGCCGCGAUCAUGGCCCCAUCCGUCUUAUGGACGUCAGCCUCAAGACCCUUCUAUGGUUAGGGUUUGGGUUCCUGGCUUUCAUUUCUGUAUUUUUGUUGAUUUAUAAUCAUCAUUGGGAAUCUUGGCACGAGUCUCCGGCUUUGAUGAGGUUGAGGAGGGUUGUCACCCCUUUGCAGGCCUCUAAGAUGAUGGAUCUUGCCCAGUUUCAAGGAGAGCAUAAGGAAAGCCUGUACUGGGGCACAUACCGGCCCCAUGUCUAUUUCGGAAUACGAGCAAGAACUCCACAGUCACUAAUUGCUGGACUAAUGUGGAUAAGCAUGCGAAAUGGUCAGUACUUUCUUCGCCAUGUUUGCCAAGAUUCUGAUGAUCUAAGCACAUAUGGAUGGAAAGAUCACAAUGGUAGGAGCUAUGGUCGUCAAUUAAUCGUCGAUCAUGGAUUAUCAUUCACAACUAGUUUCUUAAAGGAGAAGAAGGAAGGAAGUGGCUUUGGAGGUGACUGGGCUGUCAGAUUGGAUCUACAGAAUGCAAAAUCAAUUGUACAUGAGGGCAAUGAAGAGACUACACAUCUUUUCUUUUAUAUUGCUGAUGAGGAAGGAAAUUCUUUAAAUGUAAAGAAGCAGCUAUUUGAAACACGUGAUGCCACCCUACUGGCAUUUGGAACACGCAAUGAUAUUGGAGGUUGGGAACUACAUUUAGAUUCCCAGAGACAUGUGGAUACUCAUUUUUCUGGGUUCAGAACCCAUCAUAUGCACAAUUUGACAGAACUCGUUCAGGGUACUCUUGCAUUUCAAGCAAGAAGAACUGGGGAACUUCAGCUAUCUGACACAAUUGAAGAAUCUUCAAAUGUAGUUGUUAUUCAGAUUUCAACUGUUCUUCCUGCAAAACUAGAUAUUGCUUUUGUAUCUGGAACUAAUAUGAAAGGCUCUUUGGUAGAUCAACGUCUCCACAGUCUUACAGGAGAAAUAUUGUCUACUCGUCUAGAUGAGAAGCAAAAGGAAUUUGAAGACAAGUAUCUUAGAUAUUUUAAACUGAAGGAUAAGGUUGAUUCUGAACUGAUGGCUGUUGGUAGGGCAGCCUUAGGAAAUCUGCUUGGAGGAAUUGGCUACUUCUAUGGUCAGUCAAAGAUUGCCUUACCAGAAGGUUACACUCAAAAGAAUGGGGAUAAGUUUAUUUAUUAUUGGCCAGCUGCACUUUUUACAGCUGUUCCUAGUAGAUCAUUCUUUCCAAGAGGUUUUCUUUGGGAUGAAGGCUUCCAUCAAAUGAUCAUCGGGCGUUGGGAUGCUGAUUUAUCCAUGGACAUCAUUGGGCAUUGGUUGGAUCUCAUUAAUGCUGAUGGAUGGAUUCCUCGUGAGCAGAUUUUAGGUGCUGAAGCGUUGAGUAAAGUACCUGAGGAAUUUGUUCUUCAAUAUUCAACAAAUGGGAAUCCACCAACUUUAUUUCUUGUUAUAAGAGACUUACUAAAUGGCAUACGGUCAAGUAAAUUUUCACCUCAGGAAACCGAUGAGAUCACUGAUUUCCUCAAGAGAGCCUAUGUCCGCUUGAAUGCAUGGUUCCAAUGGUUCAAUAGUACACAAUCUGGAAAUGAUGUAAACACGUUUUACUGGCAUGGAAGAGAUAAUGCAACAACUAAAGAAUUAAACCCAAAGACAUUGACUUCUGGAUUGGAUGAUUAUCCUCGUGCAUCCCAUCCAACUGAUGAAGAACGUCACCUAGAUCUAAGAUGCUGGAUGCUUCUCUCUGCAGAUUGCAUGCAUUCAAUUGCAGAACUUCUCAAAAUGGAAAAUGAUGUCACGGAGGAUUACCACACAAUGGUGAAGCAACUUUCAGAUUUUGAGAAACUUAAUCAGAUGCACUUGGAUGAUGUCUCAGGAGCAUAUUAUGAUUUUGGAUAUCAUACUGAGAAGGUCCGGUUGAGGUGGCAUGAAAGAAAUCAGGGCACUGUGCAAAAGGAACUCAUUCGUGAAACAUUGGAGAAGCCUCAGUUGAAAUUGGUUCCACAUCUUGGUUACGUCAGCCUUUUCCCUUUCAUGAUGGGGAUCAUCCCACCUGAAUCACCGGUCCUUGAAAAGCAACUUCGUUUAAUUUCUAAUCGCUCAACCUUGUGGACAGAAUAUGGAUUACGUUCACUUUCUAGAACAAGCUCGCUGUACAUGAAAAGGAACACAGAACAUGAUCCACCUUAUUGGAGGGGCCCCAUUUGGAUAAAUAUGAACUACAUGAUUCUCUCAGCUCUUCACCAUUAUUCUCAAGAAGAUGGACCAUACAAAGUUACUGCUGGAACACUAUACCAAGAUCUGAGAUCAAACUUGAUAAGCAAUAUUGCUCGCAAUUACCAUAAGACUGGAUUUUUAUGGGAGCAAUAUGACCAACAGACAGGAAAAGGGAAAGGUCAACGACCCUUUACUGGUUGGACCUCUCUGGUUAUUUUGAUGAUGUCAGAAUCAUACCCUAGUUUACAACGAAGAAACUCUUAGCGGCUCACAAUAAUUUAAACCAACUUGAGGCAGCAGCUCAUGGUGUAGAAACCAUUUAUUACAAUAGAGCAGCAAUGGAUUCCCAAUUUGUCAGCCAAUACUCGGAAUUUUAGCAACAAAUUACAUAUUUAUCAUUUGUGAGUUUUAAUGUGGCAUUAUUGGAUUAUUAACCCGACAAGGUGUGAGAAAAGGAAAAUCACUCCCUCAAGUCUUGCAAUGGAGGAUGAGUACCAUCUCAACAGCACAAUUAUCUGAGAACAUGGAUCUGCUAGUAGGGAAUUGCAUUGGUCAUUUUUUAUCUCCUUUUGUUGUGUGGUUUCAACUAUUGAAAGUACGUUGUAACUGUAAGAGAUUUUGUUUUUAUUCCAUUUUAUUUAUCAAUAAAGCAUUGAGAUUUUUUCAUAGUUUA